GAGCGGGAAUAAGGCGAAAGAUACGUCAUAUCCCAAAGAAAAUUAGAAGGAAAUUUGUCAGAAAUAAAAUUUCAUUUACAACUAGUGGAAGCACCGUGCCAAUAGAUUUAAUAAGAGCCGAGUUGGAUGUUCAUCGUUCUUUUCUGGUAGACGAUUCCACAAGUUUGAUAAAUUUAGCGUGAAAAUGGUAAAUUUCAUGAUAUAUUUCUAUUUUUGUUGUCCUUUAGUGUAUCUUUAUUUAUUAUUGAACUUUUCUUUAUUGAACACUGAGUAUGUCAAGUCUGUAUGUGAUGUAUCUCGUGACCUAGCUAAUUGUUUUUACGUUAUUAUUAAAUACCUAACGAAAUGUACCAAACAAUCAGACAACUUGUUAACCCAUUAAGCUGGAUUGCACUCUGAUGUACCCUACUUUAUUACUUUACUCUGUUUAAUUAUGCCAGAUGAUUUUACUGGUGAAACUGUGAAAGUGAGAGCUCUGUCACUCAAUGGGUUAAUAAUUUAAUAUAGUGUCAAAAUAUACAUUUUUACCAUAUGUACACAAUGUAAAAACUUUCAUUGCUAACACGUGGUUUUACAUAUAACCAUGGAUUGUAAAAUAACUGGAUAGGAAACUUCUGACGUCAUUGACUGCAUCCUUGUUGAAAAACGUGACGUCACACGUAUUGCGAAUGUUACCAAAGUUCUCGGCAUAUUUGUUGUUUUGCUAUAUUUUCCACUUUAAAAGGGUGAUCUUGAAGCGUAAACUGGUCUAAUUGUUUUAAAAACAUGCCUAAGCCACGACAAAGUAUUCAAGGUAAAUGUUUUUCGUCUUUGUUUUGUAUUUUUUUACAUUUGUAGCUACGAAAUUGGCGUCACAAAUUUUAACGAAAUUUGUGAUGUAUUUUUCACUGUUUAGUGCUUGAAAUAUUUGCUAAAAUAAUUUGACUGGGAAUACUUAGAGUUUUCAUCUUUGACUAAAAUGUUUAGCUGUAUUAUUGCUAAACAUGCCGUUUUUGAGAAUUUGAUUUUCAACUAGGUUGAGGCAUCCAACCACGCCAUCAAUCCCAGUAAAAACAUUAGGUCACGUCAGCUAGUUUCCAAUCCAUUUAUUUUAUUAUCCAUGAUAUAACAUAAGUAUGUUUCCCAUGUUUAAUGGCCGUUCUAAUAGGUUACCUACCUUGCCACACUUUGUUAAGAUAGAUGCUUGCUACUGUACAUGUAUUUGGUUACAUAUCUAAUUGUCUAUGUGACUGUUUGGCUAUACAUUGCUACCUGUCUAUGUGGUUAAAAUGACAGCAGGUGUAAAACAUAAAAGUGCUGCAUCAGCAGUUCUUUAUUUAUGUUAAAUUAUUGAAAAGCUUGUGAACUGUCCGUUCUGUCCCUACCGUCGGUAUAUUCAUGAUAAAUAUAAUCUCCUCAAGAAUGAGAGAAUGUUUGCGUACCAUAAAUUCUGUUAAUUCUGACAGGAGAGUAAAAUUUAAAUUUUAAAGCACACACAUAGUAUAUGAGAGCAACAUCAAUAAUCCAAUGUCAAGGAAAUUUAAACCUUUAGCUAGUCCAGUUUUAAAGACAUCAACCGCAGGUCCACUCUUCAUGCUCAGCAGAGUCUUCACAGCAAACUUUCUCUUAUUUUUGAGAAGAUUAUAUUUAUCAGUAAAGGUCAAGUACGAUGUAUACAAACACUAGCAGUACAAGUCGAAGCACCUUUGCUCGAAACAUCAAAGUUCUCCUUGUAUUUUCAUGUAGUUGUAUCCCUGUCAAUCCAAAGCUUUCGUACAUAUUUCCCCCAGAAUUUUUAGUUAUUUUCAAUCGAUUUCAGUAUAAAAAGUAUCACAUUUUCAACGAGAAAUUGUAAAUACUUUGUUUAUAUUUUGCAACAAUUGCCGAGCAUGCGUAGAACUCACGUUGGAAAUCCAACAUACUAUCUGCCACUAGCCAAUCACUGGCCUGAAUCAAUUCGAUUUCUCCAGAGCUAUGCCCACCCUUAACCUGCGAACGGGCAUGCUCAGGGAACGAGAUUGUACAUCAUCUGAUCAUAGGCAUUGAGAGCAAUGUUUGGAAACACAUGUACUAUUGCAAACAAAACUGUCGUCAUUCACAAUAUGCAUUCUUGAUUAUUCUAGACCUAGCCCUUACUUGAUGUACUUACAGCAGGCGGCACUUGAUUUGCAAGUUAAUUGACUUCAUUGCCAGUCUUUUCACAUGAAAAAAACAGUGGUUUAAUGGGCUGAACUGCCUGAACAUCCAUGAGAUAGCUAUAUACAGUAACAACCCAAUGAAACCUAACCCUGAAACUUAAAAAGGAAUAACGUUUCACUCUUUUUAAAUGAAAUAGUUUUAACCCCCAAACACUACAGUAUGUCUACAAAAUGAAAACCUGUUGAAUUUUGUUGCUGAUUACAGCAAGAAAUACUAGUCUUCAAUGUUGAAGUAUCCAGCCAAAACUAAUCCCAUAACUUGCAAUUUUUUAUGUUAAAUUAUUUUUUGUUUCAGUAAUCUGCUCUGAUAACAGAUUUUUGACAUUGUCAUUAAAUGUGUGUGUCUUUGAUGUCAUUUAUAUUUGGCAAAAACAGCCAGCAGCCUGCUAUGAGAAUUACUUGUAGAACAACUUAGCCAUUGUUAUAUAUAUAAUCAACCCACCCUGUAACUGGAAAGGAAAUGUUUCUUGUGCAGCUAUAAAAUUAUAAAAUAUUAUUCCCCAAUAACAAAGUUAUGAAAUGAUUAUUAAUUCAUUUAGCUGUACAGUUUUCAGUUUCCAAAAAAAUAGUAUGAUCUCUCCAUAUUGAACAAUAGGGAUGAACAGAAGCUUGGUUCCGGUCAGUUAUAGUGCAGCAGUGCCAGACAGAACCCUUACAGUUCCAUGCAGAACUUAUCAAAGCAUUGCCGGAACUGGAACUCAGUCUUCAUUAGGAAGAACGAAGACGAUUAUCCAGUUCAUUCAAUGGUGAACAUUAACCAAUUAUUUAAGCAGAUCAUAUUACAUACUGACGCAUUUUAAUUACAUUACAAUAAUUACAAUACAACCAUAGACAUACUAGCUGUAUAUUCCAACCUUUUAGGGUUAACAUCAGAAAAAGUAACAUAUACUGUAACCAUUAACAGUUAAAUAGACUCAUUUCCAGCCGGAAGUUCCUGCAGAUUUUUUCUCCAGGUCUGAUCAGUGCUUCUUAAAUUUGUGAACUUGUUCUACUGUAUGAUGGUAGAAAUAAAAGAAGCAGAAUAACAACAAAAAAUAGCUAGCGCAAAAAUUACUUGUGUGAUCGACUCAUACAUUAGUUCAUGUCCUUUGAUACCAAUAGAUAUAAACAUACAAACAAUUUCUUCAAGUAAUAACGAUUUAGAUACUUGUAAUGUCAAAAUGUGUACCUUCCCCAAAUUUUAAUGUCAAAAAUAUCCCACCAGUUGAGUGUUAUUAAUUGUUUUAUGAUUUUUAGGCUGCCAAUUUAGUUCAAGGGAUAGAUAGGAUUGCAGGUCAACUUGGAUAUUUAGUAGUUAACUCAGAGGGAGCUGUUAUGGCUGUGAGUUGCUAGUUACUUUCUUAAAUACUAUAAAUUUAUAAAUUGCUAAAUGUAUUUCUCAUUUGUCCAGACCUUGCAUGUUUUGGCUCCCAACUAUUCAUGCAUAUGCUUUCCACUCCAUUUAAUAUAUACAAAUAAUGAAUAUUUAUUCGUGCAAUGGUAAGAAUAUUUUCAUUCGGUGAAAGAUGGAAUGUUCCAUUCAACUCGGCUGUCGCCUCGUUGAAUGGAACAUUCCAUCUUUCACCGAUUGCCAUUGCGUCAAUUACCAUUGCGGGAAUAAACAUUCAUUAUUUGUUUUAUAUAAUAACAAAAUAGACUAAUAUAUAGAUUCGUAUGAGAAGCAUUUUGACGGAUGCGAUUUAUCGAAAACACAAAGAGUGCAAUGGAAUAAAACGUAUAUAGUACAAUUACACUCGCAAACAGUGUAAUGGAACGUAUUCCAUUGCACUCUUGGGAAAUGGAAUUUUCUAUUCAAUAUCACGUGACCAUAAAUAGCCAAUUAAACUAUCAGAAUUCAAUAAGGUAUUAUAUAAUCCCCAUUUUAUAUGCUUUCCACUCCAUUUAAUAUUAUUUGAAAGAGUAUUAACCAUUGCGAACCAGCGCUCUCCCCUUGAUUAGCAAGAUCAUCUGGCAGACAAAAUAAAACAAUAAAGAUUAGUCAGAGUCAAAUAAUAAAAUAGGGCACAUGGGGACGCGUUGCGCAUUAUUAAAGGGUUAACUAACAUACAGUAUGCAGUUGAAGCUUCUCACUAAAACAUUCAUACAAUUAUAUUAAAUAGUUUAUAAUUAUUCAUAUAGUGGUAUGCCAAUCUGGAAAGGAUAGCACAGGGCUCCAUCCCAAUUUGAUUAAUUUUCAGUUCGACCUGCCAAACUGUGGUUAAACAUCAUUCUAUAUAGAAUUAGAAGUAGAAUAAUGUAUUCGCUUGAAAACUAGUAUUUUAACUAAGAUUUUAAUUAAGCCACCCAGUGCCUGCAGUAGUACUGUAGAAUGGCCGCCGUAGAAGAGUGUGGCACUUUGAUAAUGAGAUGGGGAGGAUGAAAAGCUUUAUUACAGUAUAAUAAUUAUGGCUCAACCGAACAAACAGUGCCACUAAUAAAUAUAGCCACUGACACAAGGUAGAUACCCCAAACUGCCAUUAUUAAAUGGCAUUAAGCCUAAUUAGAGAAUGCGUGAUUACUACGAACUUAGGCAUAACUAGCUUACUAGCCCAUGGAUACAGAUGAAACUAAUGGUGUAUAUAUAAACACGUUAUUCCCACAAGUAUAAUCAAAUGGAUAGAAAGACAGUGCUACUGCAUGUCGUUAACUACUGUACCUUUACUAAUCUAAUAAGUACUUUUUACAGCGCACCUUGCUUCUGCUCGAGAUUAAGCAUUUAUAUAUCAGUGCUGUUAAGUAAUUAUUUAAUGCUAUAUAAAUUAAUCUUUCUUGUAAUGCUAUAUAAAUUGAACUUUCUUGUAACAGUUUAGAGCAUACAGUCACUCUCAGUCAUUCUUCAUAGCAAGAACAAGGGAGUACUUUUUACUCUUCUACUACUUCAUGUAAAUUGCUGAUAGCCUGAUGAUCUAGCCGUUUGUCCUAUUAGGCCUCAGAUUGGGACUAUUUGGGGGUUGAUGCAAUAAAAUUUGAUUACAUAAAAUUGUAUUUGUCCUGAUGGAUGCAGUUCCUUACAGUGAUGAUCAAAGGCAUAAUUGGUAUUGUAGCUUAUUUGAAAAAAAACGUUUCUUAAUAUUAAAUUAAUUUCCACUUUCAUGUAGUCAGGAGGAGAUCUGGAGAAUGAAGAGAAUAUUGCAAGUAUAAUUGUGAAAAUGUUGCAGUAUGCUACUAAAGUUCCAUUGUCUGCAGAUGAUAGCCAGAACUGUAAGAGGAUUUCAGGUAUUGAUAAAACAGACCCAACUAUUUUGAAAGGGUGCUGAUGUUUCUGGCACUGCAAAUUAUAUCAAAACGCCCUAAAUGUAAAAAUAAUAGGUUGAUUAUUGAAAGGCCUAUACAGUAGAAUAUCUAACCAGGAGAAACUGUUAAAAAUGCAACUAUAGCUUGCGAUAGGAAGCAAACCAAUGUCUUUGUCUGAUAGACCAAUCAGGUGAAAAACCGGAUUUUGCCUUUUUUUACAUGCGCCCGGCCAGUCAGGGAUUUGAAGGCCCUCUUCCCUUCCAUCCACACGCACUUAUGGAAGGGAAAUUAUGGCCUGAUACUCAGACUAGAUUUUGGGUAACUUACUCGAUAAUUGAAUUGUUGAAGGAUUUAACGUUUUGUAGACGGAAAAGUGUAAACUGACUAUUUGAUUAUUUCAUUUAAUGCAAACAAAUAAUGAAAGCGAGGGCGAAGCCCGGGCAGGAAAUAGAAAAUGCCGUGAAUUUGCUGUUUGUUAGCAAAAGAGAUGGAAAACACUGUUAAAUGUUCAUUAAAAGUAAUGUAGUAAUACUGCAAAAUGUGGUGCAGGGUGCUGCAUUGGGGGGGGGGGGGACACCAUGUAUAUAGAAAGUACAGUAAGGUUAUUGUUACAGUACUUCUAGUUAAAAUACAGUACUGUAUGUACUCACUCUGUAAGUGUUAGUGUUAUAUACAUCUGUAUUUAUGUAUUUAUUUCAGUUGUCUACCAUGACUUCACCUUACUGGCAACAGUUUCUAAUCAAAAAGUGUAUAUUAUCAAGAAAGAGAAUGAAGGAUCGUAAAGUGGAACAGGAAAAUUUUAAUGCAGAAUUUAGCGAGUGGAUAAGUGAACUUCAUAAUUGUCAUUCGUAAUAUACAAUAAAAAGUAAAUAUGGUAGUAACAAGAUUGGAAACAGGGAUGCGUGCAAUAAAGUUUUAUGCAAUGUGUGCUUUAUCGCGUGCAUGAUACAGUGUAAUCGUAUCAUUUCACUGUUAUAGCUUAUAAAUAUGACGCAAUUAGCAGAGAUGUCCUGCAUGAAUAAAAACCUAUCGGCGGUUCUACUGUAAGUUUCUCUCUUGUGAAUACAUGUUUGAUAAGAUUACAUUUUGUAAUAAUAAAAGAAUAGGCCUAAUUAUUAUAGAAUAAACUUUAUAUA